CAGACAUUAAACUUCCUUCAUUCCACAAUAAUGAGCAAGACAAAAGUUCUGCAAGGAUGGUUGGGAAUUCUCUUCUGCUCCAUACAUGGAAUGCUGGGCUCUGUGCUGGACUGUGAGGUUGGAGGAGUGCAUUGCACCAUGUCCAUAGAGAUGCUUCUGGAUCGGGCCAUCCAGCACGCCGAACUCAUUUAUCGCAUCUCAGAAGAGACCAGGACACAGUUUAAGGAGACGUUCAUUCCCCUUGCUCUGGUCACUCAGCAAGGCCAUGCAGACCACUUGUGCACGGUCAUCUUGCCCACUCCAUCAUCCAAAAGUGAAGUAGGGCAAAUUUCGGACAAAUGGCUCCUCCACUCUGUGCUGAUUCUGGUCCAGUUCUGGAUCAACCACCUAGUCGACCUGCAGGCUUCCCUAGAUCACUACGACAACACCCCCCAAGACCUUCUUGACAAGACAAAAUGGGUGUCGUCCAAGCUGAUGAGCUUGGAGAAAGGUCUUCUCACCCUCAUCAGGAAAGUACGUUGGGAUGUUCUCCUGCUCCCAGACAUUGGUGGCCCUGUUCCAAAUUUACCCCGGGCAUGGGUGGGGUUCGUUGCAUAUGUCCCGCACAAACUCCUCUCUCUCAGAUUCUUUAAUAAGAACGUCUCCCCACCCCUCACCCAAAUACAGAUGCUGAAUGAGAACAACCUGCCAUUGGACAACAGCAAGAGCAUAGCAGACCAUCUGGCAUCCCCUCGUACCAUGGAACAUGUGAUGAGGGAUUACACCAUGCUAUCCUGCUUCAGGAAGGAUGCGCACAAAAUAGAGACAUUUCUCAAACUCUUCAAGUGCCGCCAAACAGACUGGCCUGGUUGUUCUUUUUACUAGUUAAAGUUGGCCACAUUUCACUGUGGUCAUGUGUAUGAGUUCAGGGGCACAUCUGGAAGAUGCAUGGGCUAGAGGUAUACAUGAAUAUCAACGUUUUAAAGUUUGGAAAAAUCUAUUUAUUUCAUUUAACUGAUGCCAUUUAUGUCAGACCUUAUUUGGAUGUGUCCAAUGAUAUAAUUAAAAUAUAUAAUGCUUUAGAGUUCUUUUU